AUGAGGAAGUUUGUUGAGACUUGGGUUAAUGACAUUGUACCAAUGGCUAGGAUGAUAAUGGAAGAGAAUAAAGCCCUCUCUAAGAGGUGUACGGUUAUGUGGAAUGCAAAACAUGGGUUUGAGGUUAAUGAAGAUGUUUACAGAUUUAUUGUUGAUUUUAGGACCAUGACAUAUACUUGUAGAUCAUGGAUGUUGAGGGACAUUCUAUGUCAACAUACACUAUGUGCAUUAUAUGAUAGAGAAAUUGACCCAGAUGAUUAUGUUUCCCACUGGUAUAGGAAGGAAACUUUCCUUAAAACUUACCAGCAUUUCAUUCAACCAAUUCCCAAUAUGAAGAUGUGGCAAGAAUCAACAAAUCCAUGUAUAGAGCCUCCUGAAUCUAAACCUAUGCCAGGUAGACCAAAGAGAUGUAGGAGAAAAGCCAAGGAUGAGCCAAGGAAAAAGCAUGGUAAACUAUCAAAGAAAGGGAUAAAGAUGACUUGUUCAAAUUGCCAACAAACAUGCCACAACAAAUCUGGAUGUAGGAACAUGGUGGUUUUGGCUCAGGACGCACCUGCCGCUUCUCAGGCCAGGGGAGGUACUCUUACCCCCAAUGCCUGUACUCCAGACCAGAUAGUACGUGGACUUUAG